AUGGAGUACAAAGUGGUCCACACGUUCGACUCGGAUUUUUACGUGCUGACUUUGGGAGUGGACGAUGUGUGGAGGCGGGUCGAGUGUGGGCACCUGACCCGACCUGCCCAGAAGCUUCUCAGUCGUUCAACUCCGCUGGUGACGGAGGGCUAUAUGCAUUUGGUCCACCCAGAGAAGAAUCUUGUGGUGAUGCUCGAUUUGGAGACAGAGGCCUUCAGGCAGUUGCGGUGUCCACCUGGUAAGAAGAGGGCAAACUGUGGUUUUCUGGUGGGUGACUCACUUUCUUGUUCUGCUAUGCACGGGAGGUUGUCUUGGGGGGUCUGGGAGCUGAGGCCGGGCACAGGGGAGUGGAAGAAGCUUCCUGGGAUUGAGUUGGGAGGUCGAGCUCAGGAGCUCGAGAAUUUGUGUGGAAAAAGAUGGUGUGAUUGCCUGCAUAUAUCAGGACAAUUCGAGGCCAGGCCAGUAAUCACAAUUCUUCCCGCCAAAGUCAUUGACGCUCCUCAAUUCCCGCCACUCCUCAUCCCUUCUCCCGUCCUCGCCGUCCGCCGCCGCCCUCAAAAUUUCCAGUCAGUACUCGUCACUUGUUCUACUCGAGCAGAGCUAGUCGUGACAUGA